CUAACUUUGUUUUCGUCUACACUGAAAUAUAAAGCGAAAUGGACAAAAAAGUUACGACGGCUGAGCUUAUCACACAAUCACUGGCAAUGCUAUGCAGUGAUCCGUUCGUUGUUUCGCUUCGAGUAGUUCCAAUUACCGACUGACUGCGUGCCAUCUCUGCAACGUUUUUAUAGCCGAUACAUCCCUAGAAUUAUCGAGAAUAUUCCACACAUUUCGAGUAUUGUGUUUCUGUUAUCUGACAAUAGAUGGCGUUGUACUUCUAGAUGCUACUAGAUCCUUCGAUAUUCGUUCGACUAUUCGGCGAAAAAUGGUGUUACUCUUAACGGCGUAACAUUAUUUAUGCACGCCUGGUAACAGCGUGUAAUCAGCCAAGUUCUAUGAUCGCCCGAUAUUCCAACUUAUCGUUGUGUUCUAUCUACGUAUUUCUCGAAUAAAGUUCCUAUUGACAUGAGCCCCUGGUAUUUCAGAAUGUUACUUCGUGCUUUUUACCAUUGAUAUCUACGCCUGGUAUAUUUUGUUACCCGCAAAACAAUGGUGGUUUUGUCUCAAAUUUUCAAUGUAGAAAUUAUUAUGAUUUCUUUGUGAAGGCUCGGUAAAUGUAAUUAUCAAGACAAUUAAGCCAAUAAUAGCUCUCAAAUAUACAGACAUAAGAUAUCUUAACAAUAUUUUCAAAGCGAAGAUUUCAAGUUGUAAUGAAUUCUAAUAACAAUUGUGUGUAAUAGUGUCUAAAUGAGUCGUCUAUUAUCAAAGGUGGCAAUCUGUGCAUUUGGACAAAAAAAUGUUAUUGAUAUGUCAAUACAGAUUGAUUUGAAUAUAAUCGUCUCCUUCAAAGAAUACCGUUCAAAACCUGCAUUAAAUAAAGGUUAAUACUUAACCUGUUAUUUAUCUAAGAUGUCGUUCAGAAGAGUUUUGUGACUGCCAAUGGAAUACAAAGUCAAUAAUUCGUUUUUCUGAUUUACCAAUAAUUGUCCAAAAGUCACAUUGCCGGCUUUGAUAAUAGUCGACUCAAAUAUUAGUGCAAGUCCGCAUAAAAAUGGCUAGCGGAAUAGAUCCCAUUUCUUAUAUUUCAGUUGUCGUAAAUACAUUUUAAUUCUAAACGUAACUUAAAAUGAAGCUUUAUCCAUAAAUAAAAGCAAAUAAUACUGACGUUUGCUUGCUCUAAGUGUCACAAAGUUGCUAUAUAAAGUUUUACUGUUCUGUGUACUUUCGACCCAACCAGAUUAUAUUGCAUCAUUUAUUUAUUUUAUCUUUAAGCGGUCUUACAGUGUACUUACUUAGUACAAUGCCAUCAAAUAUAAUUUCAUUUUCAAAUUUGAAGUUUUUGAAGUGAAUCUUCUUAAGCGACUUCCAACGAGGUUGCGUUAAACGUUUAACGCUACAAUACUAGAAAGAGACAGAGCGAGAGUGAAUGCGUGGCACUCGAACGCAUGUCCGUAGUAUAUGUCGGCGUUACACCAGGAUUUACACACAUAAGUUCUUUUACAAUGAAAAUACAAUACAAUUCUAUAAAACUUUAACAUUACUUGUUUACAACAAAAAGCCACGCCUGAGUUACUCAGUGGUUUUUACACAAUUAGCCAUUUUGUGUUGGUUAUAGCAACUACAACUUCUUUUAUACAAACAAAUGUAAUUACUGCGAAACAAUUCACAAAACAUAGCUUAAUAUUCAAAAUACAUAUUUUAGUGAUUUUACAUGACUCACAUUUAAUUUAUUUUACAUUAAUUACUUUUAAUUAAUAUUAACUAACAUUGUUAUUAUCCAGCCUAAUAAUAGAUGGCGCCAACAACAUCAUUGCAUAACAAUUACAAUACUUAAUUAAAUUAUUAAUACUGUUAAUUAUAAUAUAAAUUAUUAUUAAUAUUUAUGCUUUAUUCAUAUUUAAUCAUUUAUAGUCAUUUGUGUUUUUAAACAAUAAUAUAAACAUUAAACAUAUUCUGAACAUUUUCACAUCAAAACAGUGUCUGCUAAUAAUUAAAUAUGGUAGAAUAACAGUUUUGUUGCUAAUAAUAAAUAAAUAUUAACAUAGAAUAAACUAAACUAUAUAUUAUUAAGUUAAUUAUUGCCAACAGUGGCAUUUGCGCCCAUACGGCCAUACUGAUUCCAGCGCGUCCCUUGCGCUGUUUUAGCAUUUCACAUAACAGUAAACAAGGCAUAUCCCCUACUGGGAUCUACCCAAUACACAAGGCAUCAUUCACCCUUACGAGAUCUAGCUAACACACAAGAGAAUCACCCAACGGGAUUUACCCAACACACAAAGCAUCACUCAUACAGGUCUAGUUAACUCGCAAGCCAUCACCCUCACAGGAUCUAGCCAACUUACCAGGCAUCACCCUUACGGGAUCUAGCCAACACACUCGGCAUCACCCAUACGGGAUCUAGCCAACUCACAAGGCAUCACCCACUUGAGAUCUAGCCAACCCUCAAGGCAUCACCCAUUCGGGAUCUAGCCAACUCAUAAGGCAUCACCCAUUCGGGAUCUAGCCAACUCAUAAGGCAUCACCCAUUCGGGAUCUAGCCAACUCAUAAGGCAUCACCCAUACGGGAUCUAGCCAACUCUCAAGGCAUCACCCAUACGAGAUCUAGCCAACUCAUAAGGCAUCACCCAUACGGGAUCUAGCCAACUCUCAAGGCAUCACCCAUACGAGAUCUAGCCAACUCAUAAGGCAUCACCCAUACGGGAUCUAGCCAACAAGACCAGGAUUAAGGAUUCGCAUGGUGGCCCGCCAGCGUUUUAGGAAGGAUAAUUGGAUAGGAAAAUAAAAGUAGCCACUUUAACAAAUUAUCAAUCAUUUUACAGCAGAACUAAUCUCUCUGCCCAUACGGUCAAUUUUUCAGUUAUCAGAAUCCUCUGACAUUAAGAGGAUAGAUUUACCUGUAUCAAACCUUUACCAUUACCAAACCUUUACCUUUACCUUUAUCAAAACACAUUGGAUGGUACAGACCGCUCGUCCAUCCAUUUCUCACCAGCUGAUUCAACUUCCCCUAAUUCAUCAUUCAGCGGACCAUUUCCAAUUUGCUUUAUUUUAAUGGCAGGUAGGGAACAUCAUCCUCCUAAUGCCUCUGCAUUUUUAUUUUAUUUUUGUGCUGUAGCUUUUAAUCAACUGUAAAUCUUAAAGCUGCCUGUUAGAGCUUAUUAAAUUAUAUUUUACAAACAUGUGACAUUUAUGACCCAUCAAUAGUUCAGCAUGCCUGUUGACCAUGCUCGUUCUCUUUGCAAUAAUGUGGUACUGAAUUUCAUACUGUUCACAAGUUUUUGAAACUUCUGAAUUAUCUUUUAUCUUGGUGAUUUUUAUAAAAGUGACAGGGUUCCAAAAAUGUAACUAAGAAUUUUAAAGCAGAAAUCAAUACAGAGAUCUGUGCAAUCCUUUUUCUUGACUAAUACUAAAGUGGCAUCCCCACUAGAAACCUAGGGUGCAGAGAGUUAAUCACCCACUCAUCCAAAAAUAAAUAAUUAUGAAAGGAAAAGUAAUAAUAUGGAGCUACUGAACAGGGAUGAGCUGUCUCUUAUUAUGACAUUUUAUUACAAGUUUAUUUUUAUUGUAAUAUGCUUGAACUCCUCACAAUAAACAGGAGACAUACAGUAUGUACAGCGUUGUACUAUCCUAUCCAAAUUAAUUAUUUCAAAUCCAACUUUUAUCUGCCUGAUCACCAUCUAUGAGACAUGAUUUGCAAAAGUUACAUGAUGAUUGAAUAAUGACUCCAAACUUGAGCGUUCACUGGAUAGAAACUUAUAAAAAUAGAUAAGUUCUCUUCAAAGAGUGCAACACUGAGAAGUUAUUUUUAAAAGAUUAAAACCUAUUAGGAUGUCAGCAAGACUGUCAGUAUUACCAUAUGAUUAUGAUUACCAUAUGAAAUUCUAUAAUAGUUCUAGUAUUUUUCUCCAUUAAAAGUCACAAUGCUUUGUUUUGAAAUCAGUUGACCCCUUAUGCUCAAAAACUUUACAUGAAGUUGUUUAGCUUACUAAACUAGAUCUGCAAUGAUUUAAGUCUUAUUAGUUGACCCCUUAUGCUCAAAAACUUUACAUGAAGUUGUUUAGCUUACUAAACUAUAUCUGCAAUGAUUUAAGUCUUAUUUGUGGUGAUACGUUUGUCAUCUUGACGGCGGUAACAAGUUUUCUCGAAAUGACGCAAGUGACGCAGUAACCACAUUUAAAACUUUAGUGUUACUAAAAGUGCCACGAAGACUGAGGGAAUCAUUAUGUGAUUUUGAUAAAACUGAAUUAUGUUUAGAUUAUUAACAUUAAAUUAACUGUAUUUUCAAUUUGACGCUUUCGGAACGUUUUUAGAAUCGAUAUUAUUUAGGAAGCGAAAUACAUACCACUGCGUAUUUCUCAAUAACUUGGAUCGAAUAGGUAAAUUUAAGAUAAAUACCUGAAAUCAGUAUUUUUACCAUCUCAGCGUCAGUAGCUUUUCCAAAACAUCCACGGUCUAGAACUCAUUUUAAAUAUCCACAUCCUUACUGAAUACAUGGAUCAGUUCGUCCCUCACUUGCUCCAAUGCGGUUCAAUACAAAGACCAGAUAUCGGCUUAAUGCUUAUGUCUUGCUUGCUCUUUUGAACUCGAUGUUCAUGCGAUAAAACAAUUAGCUUCGUGAUAGUUUCGUCCACAUUUCCGCAUCGGUCUUGAUGUCACGCCCUCAUCGGAGUUGAACGGCGGCAAAUAAAAGUUAUAAUGCCACCAAAAGGGUACAGCAUUUGCAGAUAACAUCACUUUUCGCCUUUUUAUUACAGGUUGAGAUACCCAUCACUUGUUCAACAGUGGGUUGCUUCAUUCGGGGGCUUACAAUUAAUUUUGGGGCUGUGAUCCCACUUCUGAUGUCGGCGUUACACCAGGAUUUACACACAUAAGUUCUUUUACAAUGAAAAUACAAUACAAUUCUAUAAAACUUUAACAUUACUUGUUUACAACAAAAAGCCACGCCUGAGUUACUCAGUGGUUUUUACACAAUUAGCCAUUUUGUGUUGGUUAUAGCAACUACAACUUCUUUUAUACAAACAAAUGUAAUUACUGCGAAACAAUUCACAAAACAUAGCUUAAUAUUCAAAAUACAUAUUUUAGUGAUUUUACAUGACUCACAUUUAAUUUAUUUUACAUUAAUUACUUUUAAUUAAUAUUAACUAACAUUGUUAUUAUCCAGCCUAAUAAUAGAUGGCGCCAACAACAUCAUUGCAUAACAAUUACAAUACUUAAUUAAAUUAUUAAUACUGUUAAUUAUAAUAUAAAUUAUUAUUAAUAUUUAUGCUUUAUUCAUAUUUAAUCAUUUAUAGUCAUUUGUGUUUUUAAACAAUAAUAUAAACAUUAAACAUAUUCUGAACAUUUUCACAUCAAAACAGUGUCUGCUAAUAAUUAAAUAUGGUAGAAUAACAGUUUUGUUGCUAAUAAUAAAUAAAUAUUAACAUAGAAUAAACUAAACUAUAUAUUAUUAAGUUAAUUAUUGCCAACAGUGGCAUUUGCGCCCAUAUAUCCCUUCCUAUGGCAGACGCCAUCGGAAAAAAUGUGCCAUGGUGGCAGCCUCCCGCUCCGGUCACGAUAAAAUAAACGCUUAGCUGGCAGGCGACCGGAACGGUCAGUAAUUUGAUGCCGCUGUUUUCAUUCGAAAAGCGCACUUUAAAACACGUUCUGCAGUGUUCUAACGCAUACAACUGCUAGAACGUUAAACAAAGACAAAAUAUAGACGCUUUCUUAAGUAAACUUACAUAUGUUUUUAAGAAAAAAAAACCUCAUUGUUCCGGACUUGCUAACGCGGAGUAGUUGGAAGUGUUUGUGCGUCUAUUUUCAAGUGUUUUUAAGUGGUUGACGACAGUAUAACGAGAUAAAGUUUUGAAAAAGCGAUGGAAAGUGAGAGAAGUUUGCGGGUGAGGGGAGGCAGUGCAAGAGCAACAGGCGUGCGCACUCGCGGAGGUCGUUCGAGUCUUCCCACACGUGGUGGUUCACGAACAGGAAGGGUACGAGGUAGAGGAAGGGGGUGCCCGCGGUCUUCUGUUGAACAGAGGCCGUCGGCAAGUUGCGCAUUUAACCUUAUUGCAAUUGAGGAUUUGCCCGCUGGGGAACCGAUAGAGCAGGCAUUGACGGAGCGAAGUAAGCGUUCAUGGAACCCCCGAAAUUAUGAACCUGACGGAGAGGACAUUCCAGUAAUUUUGUCUUCACCUGCGAUUCCGCCAUCACCGGCAAUGUACGUUGAAUGUGGCGGCAGUGGUACGAGCACGCCAUCUUCUAGAUAUAAUAUACAGAUUUCUGUACAUGGCAGCCGUAGUCCUUCGCCGUCACAUAAACGUGUGCGUCGAUCGCUUUGCCCAGACCAAGAACAUGAUACUACGAACAGAGAUUCUAUUUCAUCGCUACGUCGACCGCUACGAGACUCUGAAAUUUGCUACUUGUUGCACUAUGGAAGUGACGACGAUGACAGCGAUGAUGAGAGCCAGAAUGAUAACGACGAAAUCGUUCCCAUGAUUAUCCCCCGGGCAGCUGGAAUACUGAUGGACACUCCGGACGACGAGGAGAUUGAGAUUGACACGGCGGCGGCAACUAAACCUCUUGUGACAUCUUCCGCGCCUUCCAUCAUUUCAGCACCUACAUCACCAGCGCGUGAUACCGGUAUGAAGCCUAGUCAUUUUUUUGAAUUUGACUGGGGAACUUUCCCUGACUCUCCUAUACCGCCAACAGAAAGGCGUGAAUCUUUUAAGGAACACUCUGGUCCCACUGUUGCUGUAAGUGACCCUUACGAGAUUUUUAGACUUAUUUGGGACCAGGAGUUCAUGGAAUUUAUUGUGCAGGAAACAAAUAGAUAUGCCCAACAAUUAGCUGCUGAAAUGUUGGACGGCGGGGAAUUACAGGCCUCCAGUAGGAUUACAGAAUGGAAAGAAACCAAUGUAGACGAGUUAUUGGUGUUCUUCGGAAUAUUACUGGCGAUGGGAAUCGUCAUAAAGAACCGGGUUGAAGAGUACUGGAAUACGGAACAAAACAUCUUCUCCACUCCAGGUUUCAAAGUAUAUAUGUCGCUUAGGAGGUUCCAGUUACUCAGCAGGUGCUUACAUUUUAAUAAUUCCGAGAACUUGAGAAACCUCAACCUGGAUCCCUCACAGGCAAAGCUUUUUAAAGUGGAGCCUGUGAUUAGCCAUUUGAAUUCCAAGUUCACGGAAUUAUAUAUAAUGAAGCAGAACAUUGCUUUAGAUGAAUCGCUGCUGCAGUGGAAAGGUUGGUUGAACAUCAACCAAUUUAUUCCAAACAAAGCUGCAGCAGUGGGCAUAAAAACUUACGAAAUAUGUGAGUCGCAGACGGGGUAUUUAUGGCGAUUUAAAAUCCAUGCCCAUAAGGCUUCGCCUACAGUCUCAGAGGCUGAUCCAUUCACAGCGAGUACACCGGCGUUGGUUCUUAACCUUAUCAAAGGUUUAGAACACAAAGGAUACACGUUGUGGAUGGAUAACUUCUACAAUUCCCCAGCACUUGCCCGAAAACUCAAAUCGAUUGGGUUUGAUUGUGUCGGUACGUUGCGGACAAACCGCAAGUAUGUCCCGACGGAACUGACCAAUCUGAAAAAAUCUCAGAUGAAGCCCGGGCAAGUAGUAGGCUAUACCAGUGGAGAUGUCGAUUGCAUAAUAUGGAGAGAUCAGAACCGCGUAGCGACGAUCUCAACGUACCAUGGCAAUGCCGUCUCCACUAAAAACGGAGUAACAAAACUUAUUUUGAUACGUGACUACAACAUCUGCAUGGGUGGCGUGGAUAAAAAAGAUCAGAUGUUGGCUGCAUUCCCAAUUGAACGCAAGAGGACACAAAUUUGGUACAAGAAAUUGUUUAAAAGGUUACUUAAUGUUUCUGUGUUGAAUGCCUAUAUCAUACAUAAACAGACCGCCACGGAGGUCUUGGACCACAGGGGCUUUAGAAAAAACCUGGUAGAAUCCCUUUUGCGUAGGCAUUCAAUAAAAAUGCAGCCAUAUGUCUUUUCUGCCAGGGUACAAGAUACCAUUUUCGAGGUGAGCCGCCAUCACCCCGCCGAAUAUCCGCGGCUAACUUCAUUAAACAGCACAAAUCGCCAUCGCCACCCAUGUAAAGUGUGCGGCAAGCGCACGGUAACGUAUUGCGUAGGUUGCGACAAACCUGUGUGCGUAUUCACAUGUUUUGUGAAACUUCACAAUUAAUAUAAUAAUAGGGUAAGGCCAAAUAAUUUUAUGUACCUAUGUUAAUUAUUAUUUCUUCUCAAUUGUAAGUAGCCUACAUGUUAACUUUUUUUAAGACUAUCAAAACAUUGUUGACAUAUUUCAAGAGUUUAUUUUGUGUCUGAUUUUUUGUCUUAAAAUUUUUCGUCUUAAGUUCUUAAGAGUAUUUUUUUGUCUGAUUGUAUGUACAUUUUUUGUAAGAGUAAAUUUGAUUUAGAGAGAGAAUUUGAAUUUGAUUUUUGAUUUAAUAAUCUGAAAAAAAAACUUUUUAUACAUUUUUUUUUCUAAGAACAAGUAAAUAAUAUUCUGAAACAACAGAAAUAAUAUAAAUACAGUAACUGACCGGACCCGGUCAUUCGCCAGACGGAGGGUAAAAAGUCGCAUCCACGUUAAGACAGUCGUUUUCGCGUGCCAUCUUAGUAAAUAAUUGUUGUUUUAUUUCAUCAUUUUCUAAUAAAUGUUGUAUGAAAACACCAUCUUUAUAUCUUACAAGCCUUUUGCAAAUUUAUUCAUGUUUUAGGAAAUACAUUAUUAACUCAUAAAAAUAAUUGAAUACUACAGUACAGAUCAUUGUUUGAAUAUACCUAUUUUUUCUUAGUUUACACAGGUUUUAUUUGAAUCUUAAUAUCUUUAUAAUCUUACAUAUUUCAGACGUAAAUAUUUAACACAAUUGAGAUUAUGAAUCAAACAUCAAUAUAAACAUACAUUUCAAUCUCACUUGAUCAAUAUAUUUCUCAGAACUAAGCUUGUAACAUGAGCUAUUUUCAACAUCCGGCGCAAGAUCUACCACUGCGGCCGAUUUUUUGUAAACGUUCUACUGAUAUUUUUUUGUAUAGAAUGAUGUGUAAUUCUUAGGAUUAUGUUUUGAAAUAGUGUUUGUCAAAGCAAAUUAAAUACAAAUAUGAUCG